AAAAAGCUAUGGAGCUCUUCACGCGCACAAUUCUCAACACCGAGAUAAAAGACAGCUUCUACAAAAUGCAGCGGCUGGAAAGAGACAAAGCGAGCCUCACUAGCCAAAUCACACAGGUAAGCCUACCGCACAUCUACAGUACCUUUUUCCAAAGCCAAGAAUCUUUCUCCAAAAAACAAGAUCGCCUUUCAAAGGUUAGAAUAGAGAGGAAGAUUCAACGGCUGCUUGCACGGGUUGAAGUUGAAAACACCGUCUCCUUCACCGAAAACGAUGCUUGGAUACGGAAUACCACUAACGUGGAGGUUCCCAACCACACAAAAAUUCUAUUAGGAUAUGGUCCCAAAUUCGCCUUGCCGUUUGAGAAUAAUCAAGAAAUACCUUAUUUCAAGAUUAUUGCGGAUUUGGAAUCUAUCCUCAAACUUGAGCCGGAUCCGAUUCUUCAAGCGGCCCACCGCAAUCAGUUCACCAACAUCCUUCAAAAUUACGUGAACAAGAGGAAGAAUGGUUGUUUCAACACCACCUCCAACCGCGUUGAACACUUCAUGACCGAAGCGCUUAGCACUAGUAGAAAGUUUAUCCGUGAUCAUCCUGAUGUAUACAUCGUACCCGCUGACAAGGGCAAUAAAACUGUGAUCAUGCUAAAAAACGAAUAUGAAGAGAAGAUGGAUGCACUUGUCAGCGAUGCGAACACAUACGAAAGGAUUGAUACGGAUUGGACUAAUAAAAUACAAACGCACAACAACAAGCUAGUGAAUAAGCUCUUCGACCAGAAGAUGAUCGAUCAACAAACCAGGUCGAAGUUGGUUUCCUACCACGCGACCUGUCCAAAAAUAUACGGGCUCCCUAAAAUACACAAACCGGACAGUCCACUCAGAGUCAUAUUAUCGUGCAUUAAUUGCCCGACAUAUGAUCUGUCCAAGUACCUUGCAGACAUACUACACCGCUCGAUCGACCACGACAAAUACAAUGUGCAAAAUUCAUAUGAGUUCUGCACAUUCAUAAACAAUAUCAACCUGCCUCCAGGCUAUGUAUUGGUCUCGUUCGAUGUGGUAAGCCUGUUUACGUGUAUUCCACGGGACGUUGCGAUAGAAGCGGUGCGAAAGAACUGGAGUAUGAUCGAGAAAAACACCACAAUAAAGAAUGUCGAAAUGUUCAUAGAACUAAUUAAAUUCAAUCUCUCCUCCAGUUAUUUCGUCCACCGUGGCAACUUCUACUGUCAAAAGUCGGGAACGGCAAUGGGUAACCCAUUGUCUCCGGCUCUUGCAGAUUUAGUGAUGGAAACAUUGCUAGAUCACGUGCUUGAAGGGAUUGAUAUUCCUAUUCCAUUUUUGAAAAAGUACGUCGACGAUUUGAUCACCGCUCUUCCAAUCGACAUGAUUGAACAUGUGAGAAAUGCGCUCAACGAGUUCAACUCACACAUUCAAUUCACGUGUGAAAUGGAAAAUAAUAAUCAGCUGCCGUAUCUUGACAUGCUGCUUAUACGCACAGCGCAGCAAAAAAUCGUCACCGACUGGUACAAAAAACCUGUAGCAUCGGGGCGCAUUUUGAAUUAUUUUUCAUUUCACCCUCUCACACAAAAACUAAACACGGCCACUGGCUUUAUUGGGAGAGUGUUCAAGUUGUCGACGUGCAGAUCAGAAAAUGAGAAAAAAGAGUUGGUCCGGGAUUAUUUGCUAAACAACAACUACUCAAGUUCAUUGAUAAAUCGGUUGAUAAACCGAUAUAUCAACAAGAACACAAACACACAUGAGAGUAACAGCAGUACACAUCCCGAACCAAAAAUGUAUCGAUCUCUUCACCACGUAGAGAAGCUCACGCCGGCUCUCGCAAAAGUCAUCAAUAGAAACUUCCCCAACGUUCAACUGGGCUUCAAAUGCGUCAAAACAAACAGACUGUUGUUUUCGAAGCUCAAAGAUGCAACGCCGCAGUUGGAGAAGAGAAAUGUGAUUUACCGCAUUCCCUGCGCCGAUUGCGACUGCGCAUACAUUGGGCUGACUACGCAACAGUUGAAAAACCGUCUCUCUGGGCAUCGGUCUCUCAUUAACCGAUACGCAGAUUUGAAAUCUUCCUACCCGAACAGAGCGACGGAGAGGGAGGAAGAAUUCAAAAAGACGGCGUUGAUGGUCCAUGUGAUUGAAAACGAACACCGAUUCGAUUUACCUGGUACUAAAAUUCUAGAACAGGACAAUCGUCUGAACGCACUUCAAGUUCUUGAAAUGUGUCACAUUUUUUGUGACACCAAAACGGUUAACUAUAGAACCGACACAAGUAAUUUAAGUGUUGUUUACUCGGGUCUUCUGCACUCAAUCACGAACGGAGAAAGAUAGCAGAACAUCAUCACAGCACGCUGUGAUUCUCUGUUUCUGUUAAUGUUUCCGUCCUUUAUGUUCCAUCUUUUCGUUUGACGUCUCCACUCAUAGACAUUUUAAUUCAAACCUGUUUAGAUGUGCCUAGGUGAAAGCUGUGUAAGUUUGUGCUCCGUCCAAUGUUUUAAUUAUUGUAACAACGAAUCAAGUCAUUAUCUCCGAAAUUUGUAUGUAUAAUUACAGUGUAAUGUUGUUAGCCGUUCCAUCAGUCCAUGUCCAAACCCACUUGACCUAAAAACAACUUUUGAUUUUGCCCUGAAGAUGAGUGAAUAAACGCUCGAAACGUCGGCUUUAAUUAAAACAGUUGUUUUAUAAGCAACCCGAGGACCGAAAAUACGCCAGCAAUCGCUAUCAAAUU